AAAAAAUAUACUAAAAACCUUGAUUAUUCUGGUUAGUCACAUUGUACUGCUAUUAUUUUGAACAAUACUGUAUAUUUUGCUGCACUGAGUGUUUCAACUACUCUGACGAGUCCUUCAGUCCCUGCUGCUGAAAAACAGCCCAAAACACAAGUCUGCUACCAGCACACUUUACUCUGUUGAGAUACUGCAGGUGAUGAGCAGAGCUGGUUUCCUUCAAACAAGACACUUAGAAUCUGUAGGGUGUUCUUCUGAAACAUACCACUAUCUCCCUGGUCUUCACUUAGCAAGUUUGAACCUGCUACCUAUUGAUCUGAAAUUUAAUAAUCGUACAGUGAAUUAUACCUUAUUCCAUUAGCCAGACAUAAUGUUUAGACUGUAGCUGAAGAUCAACGGAAGAUGAGUUGAGUAUAAUACAGAUCUUCUUUUCAGCCCUGACCUGGCCCUCCGAUGAUGUCCACAUACUUUUAAAAUAAUCUACUUUUAAAAGUAAAAAACUUUUUACUUCAGUGAUAUGCUUACAGGUUAUACAUGCUUACUUAACGAUAAGCCUCUGCACCAUACUUGCCCCACAAACAGGCCUUGAAGGAGUAGUUCACUUUAAAAUGAAGAUUAGCCCAUUAUUUACUCUCCCUCAAGUCAUCCAAGGUGUAUGUGACUUUCUUGUUGAUUGCAAUUCACUCCCAUUAUAAAGCUCAGAAACAUCAUGGUGUUAAUUAAUAUAACUCUUAAUGUAUUGGUCUGGAAGAAGAAAGUCACAUACACCUAGGAUGACUUGAGGGAGAGUAAAUAAUGGGCUAAUCUUCAUUUUAAAGUGAACUAAUUAUUUAAUAGGCCUUUAAGCUACAUGAAGUAUAAAGUGAUAGUAACUACUCAAUUAGAUCAGUUAUAGUGCUAGGAGUACUAGCCCAUGCACACGUGUAGAAUACAUAUUUGAUCAACAGUCAUUAAUUAAUUAAAUGUAUUAAUAUUAUUAUAAGGCAUUUCUGGUAAUUAAAAGUCCAUUAAUUGGAGAAAACAUUGAUAUUAAAGCACAUGGUUGCCGACACAGUUUUAGAGUUUUUUAUUUUAUUUUGUAAUGCUGGUGAAUAAUUAUACAAAUUGCAGUGAAGUUUGCUGUUCUAGACUCACAUGGAGUAUGGGUUGGGGAAAAAACUGACGGGAACGUUUUUAAUAUAUUUUAUAAGGAAAAAUAAUUUCAUUUGUGAAAAAGUUGAGUGACGUAAUUUAACCCGGGAAAACAUUUUUUUUGGCGGGAGCCGUGACGAGUUGAGUUCGUCAUUCGCGCGAGGAGACAGAUCGUCAGAGAGGUAAGUUCACUAGCUUGUUUUAUAAACUCUUAUCUUUUCAAAUUGUGAAACUUUGACCAAAUAAACAAAUGAUUGAUAGCUACCUAGAUAUACAGACCAGCAAAUGACUACAUCUGGUGCUCGCCUAUAGUAUGAAGACGACGAGUAACGAACGUUAUUUAGGUGAGCUAAAUUAGCGUUAGACCGAAGCCAAUCGUUAGGCCUGUCAUAAACAAUAUUAUUGUCAUUUUAAGACAAUUUUGUGCCACUUAGUAUUUAAUCAUAAUAUAAAAGCAUAAUAAUAAAAUUAGGCAUAACGUUAUACACUUUAAAAAGACAACAACCAUUUAAUUAUUUUGAUAAGUGGUGUCAAAAAAACACUGAAUGAAAAAAAAAACUUAAAUAAAGAGUAAAUAAUCAUUGUAAAAUAAUAAUACUAAUAAAAAAGCGCAAAGUACGUUACAAGUAGAGAAGAGAAAAGGUGCACACUAUUGCUGAGUUAAGUUAGCGGGCAGAUGUGUGUCUGAACGAGCCUCAGCGAGACUGAUCUGAUAAUAAAACAGGUUUUUUAUGUGCACCAUUUUGCGCUGUGACGUAUUAACUUGCUCAAGAACAGUGGAUUGCGGCUUUGAAAUCGAGCGCAUUUAGAUUUGUUCUGUAACGUUAGUUGUCAUGAAAACACGAUGGCGUGUUCUUCAGCUUCUGUAGGGCGCUGUGUGUUUGAAGGAGAACACAACACCACAGCGCGAUCUGCGAGAUGUGCUGCCACUCAUUAUCAUAUAAACAUACUGGGCGAAGGAUUGCGUCACCAGACGGUUUUGAGGUCAUGUAGAUAUUGUGAGUUAUGUCGAUAUAUUAUUGAUUAUUGCGACAGGCCUAAUGCUCGCUAGUUGCAGAUAAUUUGAGAAAAAUCGAUUCUCAAAAAUGUCGACAGAACAACCGCAUGCCUUUUUCAACAUUUAUAACCCUACUAAAUUUUGAUUAAUAUGUAUUCUUUAGUCAAUUUUUUAUUUGAGAAAUACAUGUUUCGUGUGUAAUUAGCAAGCAUGAUCAAGUUGAAUUUAAAUGUAUUACUGCAUGUCAUGUCUAAACGGAAGCGAUUUAGUCCUGUGGAGGAUGCCACUGCACACAUUCUGUCUGGCAAAGACAAACCAUGCCUUGAGGAGAGAUUCAUUAACUCUCAUAAAGGUAGAGGUGUGUUUGCUAGCAUGUCCAUUGACAAAGGAUGCUUCAUUCUUGAAUACCGUGGAGAGUUACUUUCCCAAGAGGAGAGCCAAACAAGACAGAAUAGAUACAAUGAAACAGAAAAUACCUUCUUGUUUGAGUUUGAUUGGAAUGGAAGGCAAUGGUGCAUUGAUGCCUCAAAAGAAGAUGGUUCACUUGGGAGACUAGUGAACGAUAAUAACAAGACUCCUAACUGUAAAGUGAAAAAAAUUAGUGUUGAAGGUAAACCACAUCUGUGUUUGUUUUCGGUUAAGGCCAUAGCUUCAGGUGAAGAAUUAACAUACAACUAUGGAGAUUCAGACUGGCCAUGGCGUACUCAGUUGAACCAAGCAGUCCCUCACAAUGAGGAGAACAUACCAUCAGAAGACAGUACACAUUUUCCUGACAAAAUAAACUGUCCCAAGCCAGCUGAACAGAUUGGGAGUUAUUUGUCUGAACCCAGGCCUUCAAAUAGUGGUCAAUCCACCGACCACAACAGUGACCAUUCAUCCACAGCCUCUGACAUGAUGGAGAACCAUUCUCAGGUGAACCAAGCAGUCCCUCACAAUGAGGAGAACAUACCAUCAGAAGAGGGUACACACCUUUCUGACAAAAUAAACUGUCCCAAGCCAGCUGAACAGAUUGGGAGUUAUUUGUCUGAACCCAGGCCUUCAAAUAGUGGUCAAUCCACCGACCACAACAGUGACCAUUCAUCCACAGCCUCUGACAUGAUGGAGAACCAUUCUCAGGUGAACCAAGCAGUCCCUCACAAUGAGGAGAACAUACCAUCAGAAGAGGGUACACACCUUUCUGACAAAAUAAACUGUCCCAAGCCAGCUGAACAGGUAGACAUUUUUGGUUUAAGUCCAGCUCUUGAUCUUCUGAUAAGGCGUAACAGGCAUUAGUAAUGGGAAUCUUUAGUCACCUCACAAGCAAAUUCGAGAAUAAUUCUUGAUCUACCCUUUUUCCCCCAUAUUAAUUAAUCAGUUUACUGACUUGAGAAUCUUAAAUUCCUUAAAUUUACAUAACCUAACAUAAGCAAUUAAGUAAUUUUAAAAAGUAUUACAAAUUAAAAAAUAAAUAAUUAUUAAAACAGUCGUAUGUUAAGUAGUUUUGGUCGAUAUGCCCAUUUUUCAGAUCGUCAUAUCGUCAGCCUGUGAGAUCGACGAGUUUAAUUGAACUGCUGCAUCAGCCAUACAGCGCUCCGGACCGCACGUUCAUAACGAGACCAACGCACCACCACAGAAACAAGAAUGAGAUGCAUUCUAACAUAACUGUGGCAUUUAAGUCAGUGAGGGCUCGUUUAAAAGAGUGCACAUAUAUAGGCCGUUCAGAUUACUUGUUAAAGUUGAAUGAAUUACCUUAUAUCUGCAGACGAUGUGCAUCUGUUUGAGGAUGCAGACUCUGAAACGGCCAAAACUAUGUAUUUUGCAUGCAUCACAUUAUAGUGCGGUGUGCAUGAAAAUAACAACAUGGCGGCAGAGCAAACUUAUCAUCCAUAGUGCUUCUCACAUAGUCCUUCUACCUCAUCACCAGAUAGUGUGUGUUAUAAGUUAAGUGAUCAGUCUUUAAGAGAAGGACUACGUGUGAUCCACUAUGAAUGAUAAGUUUCCUCUGCCGUCUUGUUAUUAUUUGUCUUUACUUUAUUUGUAACGCCAAGAAAGUGUUAAGCUCUUAUGUAAGAGAAGAGCGCGUUGCCGUGUACCAGCCAUUAAAUGUGUCGGACACCAACUCCUCGUUUUUUUUUUUCUCUUUCAUUUCAUGGAUUUAGUGAGUUAUCCGAGUCAAAGCGGACACCUUCUUCAGUGACUAACGUUACAGGCUCUAAUCCGCUUUUGCAUGUGCGCGUGUGUGUGUGUCAUAGACUGUAUAAAAGCAGGUGUGUGUCUGAAACGCAGUGCUGAAGUGAAAUAGCUGGGCAGUUUGAUAGCCGAAUUAUAAUAGGCCACCUAAUAAAAAUAAAUUUGGUUUUAAUUAUUGUUAUUAAUACAUUAAUAGGAGAAUGAGCCUAAUAUCGUCUUGAUUAUCGACAGAGAAAUCUGCUUACGAUGAUAUCUCUGACUAUCGUCGAAACACGAUUCUAUCGUUUAUUGGCACAACCCUAAUGUUUAGAAUUUUAAACUAAUAUAGCUUCAAAACAUAAAUAACUAACAUUUAAUUAUAAUAUUAAUUUAUCCGUGUAAUCAUGUCUAAAAAUAUAUUAAUUAUGUCUACCAAGCUCUGAUAAUGUAUGGAAUAUUAUAUUAACAGACUAUCCAAAUGUUAAUAAAACAGCAGGCCUAUACCUUCAGAAACACGGAUGUGUCUGUCACUUUUUUAUAGUAUGGUUCACACAGAAACGAAAUUAGUCAUAAUUUACCCAGGUUGUUCUAAACCUGCAUACAGUUCUUUCUUCUGCUGAACACAAAAGAUACUUUGAAGAAUGUGUCUCAAUCAAACAGCUGAUGGUUGUAACUUCCAAAGUAAGGUAAAAAAAAAAAAAGAAAAUGUCAAAAAAAAACAUUGGGCACCAGAACCGGUUUGGUUACCCACAUUAUUUACAUUUUUUCUUUUAUGUUAAACGGAAGAAAGACAUUUUCAGGUUUAGGUUAACGUGUUGUGUAAACAAUCUUUUUAACUUUUUUGGGUGAACUGUCCCUUUAAUUCAGACAGUCCACCGUGAUCAACUGAAAUGCAUCACUGCAAACCUUGCGUUCAUCAUUAGUUACUUGACAGACAAAUUGAUAACUUUCCCAUUCAGCGCUCCAUCUGGAGAGUCUUGUGUUAAGAGGGCAGAUGUUAGCUUCUAGAUGUGUUAAACUGCGCAGGUUUGUUGAACGCAUGCUGCGCUCGUGUGAAAGGGCUUUAAAGGCGCGCGUUCUGGAGACUCCAUCGCUAUGGAAACAAAGAUGCCAAAAUCAC